UGAUCAUCAACAACUGAUUAAAAUGUAUAUGAAUUAUUUGUAUGAAAAUUAAGAAAAUGACAGACGACCAAAAACAGAGCCUUGUGACAGGCCUGACAUCAAGUCCUAAGUAUAUCCCUACUUGGUACAACUACGACGAUGUCGGAUCGGAACUGCAGCAUAUAUGCACCACGGAAAAUCCGGACUACUAUUCAACAAGAAGUCAGAUGUCUGUUCUGCAACACAAUGUACAGGACAUAAUUCCACGAGUACCAUAUGACCUAAUCCUGGUUGACAUAGGAAGCGGAAACUGCUACAAAACCAGACAUGUGAUCAAUGAACUCCUGAGAAGACAGAAGACGCUGUUGUUUUAUCCAGAAGAUAUCUCUGAAGAUUUUCUAUCAAGGACAGUGAAGGAAUUGUCAGAGGACUACCACGACUCGCUCGUUGUUACACCUAUAGCUGCGGACCAUGUUCAAGGAAUAGAGCAACUGAAACGAGUGAAAGGUGUGAAAAUUAUUCUGUGGCUCAACAGCAUAGUUGGCUUAUCAUAUGAUGACCAGGUGAACACUCUGAGGAUGAUAUCGACCAUGAUGACAGCAAAAUGUCAAUUGGUUUUCAGUGCUGACAUUACACAAGACAAGGAAGCUGUCCUAAAGGCCUACAAUGACGAAAGAGGGUUGAUGCGCAACUUUAUUCAAUAUGGACUUGAACGUUUGAACAAAGAAGAAGGAAGUCGGAUCGACCUGAACAGAUUCACGUAUGAGGUCGAUUUUAUAUCUGACAACAAUCCUCAAUACAUGAGCUAUCUGAGGGCCUACAUCCAGGCUAAGGAAGACAUCCGGUAUCCAAUACGUGGGCUUGGUAUUGACCUGUUGAUGGAAAAAGGCGAAAGGCUUUAUUUUCACGAAGGUGCUGGAUUUAGCUGUAAAUAUACACUGGAACAGCUACGUAAUAUUGUGAAGAAAGCUGGACUACGACUGGCGAACACCUGGACGGAUGAACAACAGCACGCUGCUUUCUGUAUGUGUGUAACUGUUUAAACGGUCUUAAAGUUCAAACAUACAAUUUUCAAAGUAAUCUUACUGAAAUAAAUUUUCAAACGAAAAUAUCACCCUAUUUGUAGGUUAUCGUUGUUGAAGUCUUACACAUGUUUUACUAGUCAUAGAUCCAGGAUGGCUAUGCUUUCUCAGAUCUUAUUUGUAUAUUCAGUUACUUGGCACGGAUAAAGAAGUGAAAUUUGACUUAUUCAAAUAUGUUGAAUAUUAGUCGAUCGCCAAAGAUGCGAGACUUCGAGAGAAAUAGAAUAGGCAGGAACGAGGUUGACUUAUAUUAUUAUCAUUAUCGACUUGGUAGUAAUAUUGCAAUUUUAAUCUUCAUAAAAUUAUCGUUUUGUUUUCAGUAAAGCAAUAUAAA